CCGUAGGCUGCGAAUGCGCAGGCGCUCUCCUCAGUCCAGCCGGGGCCCGGGAGGGCGGUUCGCCUGUUCCUUCCGUCAACUUGACAGAAAUGAGUGUUCGGGCACUUUGGCUGGUGGGCCUGGAGAGGGGAGAAGCGGCGUCAGUGAAGUUCUCCAGACAAUAUCCAACAGUUGAAAAAAGAGCCAAAGUUUUCAAUGGGGAUAGCUAUACAGAAGUGCCAGAAGAUGAUAUCUUUCUUGGUGCACUGUUAUGUGAACUUGGUAUGACUGAUCUGGACAAGAACUUUGUGGAACUCAGAGACAGCUGUUGCAGAAUAAAUAGGACAUCAAUCUAUGAAAUUGCUGUUGGAGAUGGAACUCUUUGGCCUGUUCUUGUAAUGACACAAAAUGGCAUCCUCUUUGCUUGCCUUCCUUUAGUCGAACAACCUUUGAAUCCUCACCCACCAUUAAUAAACCUACAUGGGAUUUCUGCUGCAUUUGCAUUACUAAUGGGGUUAAUGGCCUUUCUAAAUGUGUCACAGAGAACUGAAUCAGACAUUGCCACCAAGGUUGUUCAGCUCCCUGCAAUGUUGAUGCAUGCAUGUCCGCUUGGCACUCCAACAGAUACUGAUUUUGGAUUGAUGCAAACCCUCUCCGGAAGCCAUGGUUCUCAUAAUUCAGUACAGGCCCCAAAGCAGCCAGCUUGGAAGCCUGGUACGUACAAAGGAAAACCACAGGUUAACGUCACUGUCACUGAACAAAUUCGGUCAAUGCAGUAUGGCAAGAAAGAUGUAAUUGAUGUGUGGCAGGCGUAUGGAACUGUAACAUGUAAGUGUGACUUGGAAGGAAUAAUGCCAACUGUUACCGUAAGCCUGAAUUUACCCAUCAAUGGAUCUCCUCUCCAGGAUAUUCUUGUGCAUCCUUGUGUCAGUGCAGUUGACUCCACUAUCCUUACUUUUAAUAGUGUGGAUGAUAUGGAUGAUUCACUGUUCAAUGGGCCAUACAAGUUUCCCUUCACACCACCAUUAGAUGUAUUUAAACUCUGCUACUACACUUCCCAAGUACCAAUCCCUCCAAUUCUUGGUUUCUAUCAAAUGACAGAAGAAAAGCAACAAUUAAAGAUUGCAGUCAAUCUGAAACUUCAUGAGAGUGUCAAAAAUGGAUUUGAAUAUUGUGAAGCUCAUAUUCCCUUUUUUAACAGGGGUCCAAUUAUCCACACUGAUUGUAAAGUGAACCAUGGGCAGCUAGAGGUGGCACGAGAGAAAAGCUUACUGGUUUGGAUCAUUGGUCAGAAAUUCCCAAAGUCAUUGGAAGUAUCUUUAACUGGUACAGUAAUAUUCCAUGGGGUUGGUGCUACAAACCAACCAAUGCAGCCAACUGAUCCAUUCUGUAUUGGACUUACAGCAUAUGUUAAGCUUUACUUCCGAAUCCCAGAUUAUACAUUGACUGGUUGCUAUGCGGACCAACAUUCAGUGCAAGUCUACUCUUCAGCAAAGCCUAAAAUUGUCACGUCCAAGGAGCUCCUUUCUUCUGAGUACUACAUCUGGAACUCCAAAGGUGAUGCACCCAUAGCAAGCAGGUCCUUACUAUCUUGAUGCAGUUUGGACACACAUAUGGACAAAAGUUUUAAAAUUAUCCGUUGCUACAAUUAAAGAAGAAACAGCUGCAUUUCAAAGGGAUUCCGAUUCUAGAAGCUUAAUCGUGAUUGACAAGCCCUUCUUAUUCUGGGCAAUAAGAAAACUCUGGGAGUCCUUUCUUCUGCUGAAACUUCAAUCAUUUAAAAAAAUUAUCUCAUUUGGAUUUCAUUCUACUCCUUUUAUAACUAUUCUGCUAUACAAUUUUACAAAGUUGAAAGAUGCUUAGUAUUUGCAGUGUAUAUGAAAUGCAUUCAUCCCAAGAUUGGUGCCAGACCUAUAUUGUUGACGGGGAAGAAGCCAAAAUCCAUUUAGCUUCACAACACAGUUAUAAAACAUUGUGCAAAUCCUGCUCACGGUCUUCUGUCACAACACUUUUAUCAGUGUACAUAAAAGCAGCUUGCAGCAUGCUAUUCUAUAAGGUAAAAUGUCCAGGAAGUGUACACAUUAAAGCUACUGUUUUUAAGUAUUUUCACAGCUUUUUGUAAAGGGGACAGCACUUUGUUAUGUGGAGGACUUGUAAGUAGAUUAGCAAAUGAAUUCUAGCAUAUAGCCUUGUUUUUCUCAACUGUACCUUUUCAGUAAUUAUUGUUAGCGGUACUAGCUUUUGCCUGCACAGUUCUACAGUUGUUACAUUAUGUUGGUGCCAGGUUAUAACAACUAAAUAAGAUCAAAGUAAAUUUAAACUACCCUGUUUAUACCUUUAGUCUUUAUUUGCAGUUCCUCUUACAACUAAAAAUAAGGCUGAAUCUGUCUGAAGUAGCCAGACAUCUGUAACUAAGAUAAUCCUACAGGUACAGACAGUGAAAAUCUAACCAAUUGCAGAGGCCAUCAUAGUUAAAUCAAAUCAGGCAUAGAUGUUAGUAGGGAUUGCUAGGCAGUCUCUGCUGCAGAAAUCUCAGCAGUUUUCAUCCUUUUUCCAGCCGCAGCAUCUAGGGUCAAUUGUAGGAUACCUCUCUCCAUUCCAAUGAAAUUUGUGCUCUGGUGGUAUAUGAUGAACUAUAUUUAUCUUGUGAGCUAAGAAAACAGCAGAUAAGGACACUUAACAUACAGGCAAAUUCCAGCUAAAUUAAUUUUGGAAUAAUUUUACAAGAGAUAAAGAUAGUUAAUGAUGCCUGUAAACUUCAGCAGAGAUUGAUUUCAGUUCAUGAUGUAAGAGACACAUGAAAGAUCUGCACAAACAAGAUUGUCAAAUCAAUACUUGAUAUAUGUAUGAUUAUAAUGACCAAUACUUGGAGGUGAAUGAUUUAAUUACAAGAUGACUAAUUUCCUUUUGUAUAAUGGAACACACUUUGUCUCUGGCCAUUGUAUUAAAACUCAAUAUUAAUUUUCUAUUCGCCAUUAAUGUAGUUCUGAGCUUGAAAUGAUAACACGUGAAUAAAGGUUGGGUAGAAUGUAUUAUCAAAAAACCUAUGGACUGCUUGAAGAAUGUACUUUCAAAAGUGAUGUUAAUAUUGAACAGCCUUAUUUAAAUUACAACUGAAAAGUCUAUUUUGUAAAGGAAUGGUUUCUUAGCCCGCCACUAGUUCCUCAAAUUUACAUCUAAGAAAGUGUCUGUGAUAUACACACAGUGGCCGCUUUAUUAGGUACAGGAGUGGAACCUCUUCUGUUGUAGCCCAUCACUUCAAGGUUCGACGUGUUGUGUGUUUGGAGCUGGCCUUCUGCCCACCACUGUUGUAAAGCAUAGUUAUUUCAGUUACUCUCACCUUCCUAAUGACUUGAACCAGCUUGUCCAUUUUCCUUUGACCUCUCUCAUUAACAAGGCAUUUUUGCCCACAGAACUGCUGCUCACUGGAUGUUUUUUUGUUUUUGCUAAACUCUAGAGACUAUUGUUCAAGAAAAUCCCAAGAGAUCAGCAGUUUCUGAGAUAGUCAAACCAUCCUGCUGGGCACCAACAAUCAUUCCACGGAUAACCUCACUUAGAUCCCAUUUCUUCCCACAUGAGGUGCUGUUCUUGUUUGGCAUGAACAAGAACAGCACCUCUUAAUGACGUCUGCAUGCUUUUAUGCACUGAGUGGCUGCCUCAUGAUAGACUAAUCAGUUAUUUCAAUUAACAAGCAAGUGUACCUAAUAAAGUGGCCACUGAAUACAUGUCUGGUACCCAAUAAUAGCUUCUCGCUGUAGAGAAGUAGAUGACUUGUUCCAAGUCAACUUUUCAAUUAAAUAUUGUGAGCACAGUUUGUAAAUAGCUUGUCUUUCAACCAUCUUUCCAGUUUGAAGAUUCUUCCUUCUAUUGGUUUAACUUAAAAUAAAUUAUUCUGAUGCUCAAACCCUAAUCAACUAUGCCUUUCUAUUUAGAUGUUUCUUUUCAUUUCCAAUACACUGAGUGGAAAUAAUUGAUAAACAACCAUCAAGCACUAAUUUUUCAAAUACAUCUUGCAAUAUUGAGCUGUUGUGAUUUACUCUGAUAAUCUGCAUUCUCAUCAGAUAUAUUUUAACUUUGUAAAGUCUAUUUAAAAUGACAUCAAGCGUAUGUUAUGCUUAACAUUUUGCAGUAUCAGUUGACCAAUCUGAACAUUUAAUUACGUCUUAUUGACAUUUUAAAUAUAUAUCCAAGUUCAGUGUGAAAGAUUAAAAGGUUAUUUUAAGCCUCCAAUCAUGCUCAUGUUCUAUUUAUAGAAGCUAUUUUUACAAGCCUCAUUUAUUGCUGUCAUUGCUAUAACUUUUCUUACUUUGUUCAAUUUUACGAUGCAUAUAAACAAAUUCUAUAAUGAUGACCAAAUUACAACAGCAGAAAUGCAGGUCUGAAGUCAACUGAUACCGCAUAAUGUUAAGCAUAACGUACGCUUGAUGUCAUUUUAAAUAGACUUUACAAAGCUAAAAUACAUCUGAUGAGUGCAGAUUAUCAGAGUAAAUCAGAAUAGCUCAAUAUUGCAAAAUAAGAUGUAUUUGAAAGAGGAAGACAGUUAACAAAGAUGUUGAAAAACAAUUAACAUUGUUCAGAUUUCAGGGACUUCUUGGGAUUACAUGUUAAAUGCCCACAAAUCAGAUUUGCAGUAACUGAAAGUGAAACUGAUACUUCCUUCACCAAACUUUGCAAAACUAUCUAAUUCCAACCAGCGCCCAGUCAUUUGGUUGUAUUAUCAGAUUAGAAUACAUUGUAGGGAUUGUUAUCUGUUCCUACAGAAAGGAACUGCUACCCAAAGAAAGCUAAAUGUUGGCUGAAUUCUGAACCUUUUAACCUGGCUCAAGCCUGUUGCUCCCUGUUAUGCAAAUGCCUUAAAAUCCCCCUGUUUAGUUCAGUGGAAAUAAUUUUUUGAAUGACAGGUUUACUUUGUGUGGAUUCAAUUGGUGAUUAAUCCCCCUUUGAUCUAGGGUAUUUUGCUAAACUACCAGUUACCUCUUCUGACAGAGUGCAACUGAGAUUAGGGAGAUCAUUGGAAUGCUAUCAGGGUGUAGGUUUAUUUUCCAUAACCUCUUAGAGCAAGGGCAAGGAAAGCAAUCUAUUUGCAGGAUUUGAUGCCAUGCAACACUGGCAAUGGUGUCAGGAAACUGAUUGUAUUUAUCUUAACACUGCAACUUUUUUUCAGCAAAUAAGGAGAUUUUUGUUAACCUUACAUAUCCCUGUUGAUCAUCCAGUUACAUCAACGCUUAAAUCAACUAGUUCAAGGGAAUAAUGUUCUGUAUUCAUUACAAAACAUGAAACUGUAUAAAUGUCCCUUAACCCUAGUCAAGAUUUAAGCAGAUUUUCCCUUCAAAUAGCUGUCAUGUUAAUGGCAAAGUAGCAUUGUGAAGAUAAAGAUUUUAAAGAGUUGAAUAAUCAAAGUCCUGUUUGACCAAAUGUUGUUGUACAACACAUUCCAGUUGGUGUCACUUUCUGUUUGCCUGAUAAUGACAGAACAAUUCCAUUCUUGUAAUUUUCUUCAGACAUCUUCUGUAAAAACUGACUCACCAACUUAGUGUUCCUGAAAGCCACAAAAUCUUUGUUGAAAUUGGUUAUGCAAAUGUAUGACUUGAUAUUUUGUCUAACUUAUCAACAUUACAGCAUCAGGAAAAUAUUUGAACUUUAUAUAUACUGUGUGAAGAAAGUUUCACAAAAUAUUUCUGUUAAAUGGUGCAUCGAACAAACUUAAUUUCAAGUAAGAAUUUUAUUUAUAUUUUGUGUGAAUUAGUCUUACUUGAAAAGGAAGUUCUGAACACAGAAAAAUAAAUAAUGUUUAUAGUUUAUUGAGUGAUGAAAUUGACAGUUCAAUAAACGAUACUUA